AUGGCUAUAUUGUUGGGUAUUUUGAUCGCCACGGUCACAUCAACGGACAUCGUCGUGCCGGCCUAUUUCGAUCCAGUGGAUAGCGGGUUGACCGAUUGGAACACGAUGACGAACAGUGCCAAAACAGUUCCCCUGACUGUGAUCAUGAAUCCCGAUGAUGGGCCAGGUUCAUCAGCCUUCGGCUACUACAAGACAGCCAUCGCAAAACUUCGAGCCAAUGGGGCUAAAGUGAUCGGCUAUGUGGCCACAGGGUAUGGGAAGAAUGCGAUGGCCACCGUUCAAGCACAAAUCAACAAAUAUUUCUCUUUCUACACAAUUGAUGGGAUCUUCUUUGAUGAGAUGAGCGACGAUGACACCCCGGCACUUGUCACAUAUUACCAGACAUUGUACAAGUUCGUCAAAGCGAAAUCGGCUAGUUAUCAGGUGAUGAACAAUCCGGGAACCAACCUUGCUGAGACUUACGUCAAGCUACCCGUUGCCGAUCGAUUUGUUGUUUACGAAGACAAACAGGGGAACUACGGUGCUUACAAGGCUUUGCCCUAUAUGGGCAAUUAUGCAACCACUCGUUUUGUUCAUAUUGUAUACAAUGUCACUGCGGCUCAGGUAUCUGGUGACGUGAACACGGCCAUUGCCAAACACGCAGGUGGUGUCUAUCUGACGAAUCUGAAAUUGCCCAAUCCUUAUGCAAAACUCCCCUCAUUUUGGCCUCAACAAGUAUCUGCUGUGGCGGCAAAGAAUGGA